AUGAGCGUCUCCUAUGAUCUUAAUGGGCGUGGAUUUUGUUAUCCCUCUCCUCAGCUGAGCACCUGUUCCAUGCUAGUUCCCUGCAAUGGCGGCUACCUCAAGGACUUUGAGGUCAGGAGGUGCUCCUAUGAUGGGUGUGGCGCUAACGCCUUGAAUUCUGAGACUCUGCAGAGACUAGUUCUGGGUAUUUCAGUUCUUGGAAAGUAA